AGCAUGGCAAAAUACUACACAGAAUAAGGAAAUAUGAUAUCAAGCAAGUCAAACAAAUUAAGUCAGGAAGAGAGGUGAAACGCUUCAAAUGCGGAAGAUCAGGCUUCACAGUUUACAGUAAACCGUGCUGAGGUUCAGCGCUAUUUACAGGGCUUCCCUAGGUGUGAAUUGACGUCCACGCCGUAAAGGUAAACACAAUUAUCUACAUAGACAAUUUAUUAUAUAACUUUAGGUAAAUAAAUCCGCUGAACCGAAGACUUUGCGUUGCUAAUUCAUUUACACUGGAGACUUCCCACAUAUCAACCCGUGGCCCCUCGGGCAGGGGGAAUUAACCCAACCCUAAACCGGACUCGAUGCCUAAAGAGAGGCGGAGGUCGCUGAGAGAGGCGGCGUUCUCCCGUGUGUCUCCUAUUUGCGACGGAUCGUGGAGAGGAGGAGUAGGACGCGAAGGAAACUUUUCAUCCACAGAGAUUUGUGAUGAUCAAACACACAUGGCGGAACAGUGCAGCGGGCCAGCGGGCUCAGACGUAAACCCGGCGAGAGAGUGCCUGGUGCCGCAGGUGACCAUCACUUCGGAUGGGGACUCACGGGUGAUUACUCAGGAGGAUCUGGAGGAGGAGGUGAACGGACGGCUGCGUCGCAAACUCUCAAACUCAUCCCUGUCGUCCAAUGGCUCCUCCACGGCGUUCGAAGAGUCAGAGGAUGACAUCCUCAGUGACAACGAGACCAAAAGCAAAGGGAUCGUGACUCUGGAGCAUUUGGGCGACUCGGUCAGAGAGCUAAACAAUACCAGGUGGAAACUGAAGACCAUUGUUCAUUGCCAUUUGCUGGCUUCAAAUCCAAAGCGACUGUCCUGGGUUCAGUUGGCAGGGCAUGAAGGCAGCUUCAAAGCGGCAGAUGAGGGCUCCAUACUGAAGAAAUUCUCUGAGAAUGAGAAGCUGUGCUUUGAGUGGCUGAAAGAUGAUGCUUUAAAUUCGUUCGUGCCAAGUUACUAUGGAGUGGUGGAGAGAGACGGAGAACUCUUUCUGAAAAUGAAAGACUUGCUGGCUGGCUUGGAGUCGCCAAAUGUCAUGGACUGCAAGAUGGGAAUGAGGACAUACCUGGAAGAGGAACUUGUGCUAGCAAGGGUGAAGCCAAAGCUACGUGCAGACCUGUACAAAAAGAUGCUAGAAGUGGACAGUUCGGCACCUACAGAGGAGGAAAUGAAACAGCAGGCGAUAACAAAACCACGCUACAUGCAGUGGAGAGAAAGCGUCAGCUCUACUAACACACUGGGGUUUCGUAUCGAGGGUAUAAAGAGGGGUGAAAACUGCAGCACAGACUUUAAAAGGACACGGUCAAAAGAAGAUGUCACUAAAAUCUUCAGGGAUUUCUUCGGAGGCAAUAAAAACAUAAUUAAUUCUUAUAUAACAAGACUUGAAGAUAUUAAACAGGCUCUGAAGAAAUCAGAAUUCUUCAAGAAACAUGAGGUCAUUGGGAGCUCACUGCUGUUCAUUCACAAUCAGAAAGGGAGAGCUGAAGUCUGGGUUAUUGAUUUUGGUAAAACCACUCCUCUCCUGGAUGGACAGACCUUGGAUCACCACAGACCCUGGACUGAGGGCAACCGAGAGGAUGGAUACUUAUGGGGCCUUGACAACCUGCUGCAGAUUCUUGCCUCACUGGCCAGAGAAUAGUCUUAUGACUUUUCGUUGCAAACUUUACCUUUACUGUCUGGGGUGACAGCCGGACGGAUGGUGAUAGACACUUACAGUACAAACUUCUUGCGGUGCAUUAUGGGGAAGGGGUGAGAAAAUCCAUUACUUUACAGUAUUAAGCUGUAAAAACGUUUCACUGUCAGAACAUAAUCAUGGUUUGAAAAACUCAAAUUUCUUUAAGUAUUGCAAUUUAUCUGACAUAUUGUCUGUAUUGUGUGCAUUUGAUGUACACUGCCGGUCAAAAGAUUGGACACACCAAAUAUGUUUGUAUUAUUGCUAUUUUUACUCUUUGUAAAAAACAGUCGAAUCUGAAUUAUGAUAAUUGUGUUGCGACCAAAAAGGUGUUAAAGUAUGUUGUACAUUAGCUUCUUCAAAUAAUUGUCUAGCUCUGCACAUUCUCUCAACCAACAUUCAGAUUCACAUUCUGUGAAAUGUGUCCAAAAGUUUGGCUGGUAAUGUAAAGCUGAAACCUGUCAAAAUCAAUUGUUUGAUAUAAUUUCUAUUCUUUAUAUAGGAGAGACUUACCUGUACACAAAUGGUUAUAUGCAACAUAGGCCCAACAAACACUAGUCAGUCAGCCGAUGUUGCAAAUCCAGGUGCAGCACAUUCAUAGCAGCAAUAAAAGUACAAUUUCUUGUACAAUAUGAUAUUUAGUGCUUUAACUGCAGUGUUCAAUCUGGGGUGGUGUUAUAGAUUAUUCUUUUGAUGAUUGCAUGGGUUUAUUUUAUAGGUGUUUGAUAUAAAGACCUGGGGUGCGUUUUCCAAAAGCAUAGUUAGCCUAACUAUGGUCGCAAGUUCCGUCGUUUCAGCAUAGUUCAACGAUUCAAGUGGAACUACAGGUCUAGAGCUGUGGUUAGAAGCAUAGUUCCUUAUUAAUAUGACAUGUAGACUUACAUACAUCAUGUUUUUGAGCAAGGUAAGCAAGCACAUGCAGCGCAUUCUAUAUCCAUCAUUCCAAAUAUACACAUUUAAUUUGACAUAUUUUAGAUUGUCAAGAGAAUAGAAGCGUUUUUUUUUUAAGUGCGCAUGCGCCGGUGCCUGCUCUGCUCUAGGACCCUGGGGAAUCCCUGGGCAGAGUUAUGUAGGAGGAAACUUAUGAAUGAGUUAAAUAUCCUGAAAUAAAACAAUAGAGAGCAAAAAUAAGAUAACACAUUUUUUUCAGAUGCAGUGUACAUUAUUACAGCAAUAAUAUGACAUUAAAUUGAUCUAAACGGGUUAAUUAGAAGACGGUAUUACUCCACCACCCUUUGUGACGUCAUCAACUAUGUUGUUUAACCAACGUGAUUCAAACGACAGAUGUGCGACAAAGUUACUAUGUUUAAAUGUUAACAGUCGUGAGUAGUUAGUUAGUUUCUCAAACGAUGCAUUGUACUAUGGUGGUUAACCAGCGAGUAAUGUUGUUGUUUGGGAAACGCACCCCUGGAUAGCAAUUUAUCUGCACAUCACCGAAAGUGUUUUUAUUUUAUGGUUCACACAAACUUAAAAUUGUGACACUAUUUUUUGGAGUGGGUGAGUUUUGUUAUAGUGUGUUCUAUGUGCCGUGUUUACGACAAUAAAACAUCUGCUCA